AUGAAACUGCUGGCUGCAUUCGGCCUUUUGGCCAUCGCCCUCGCUGCGUCCUCCCGUCAAUGGGAAGAACGAUCGUUCAACAAGGGAAACACCUACGAGUUCGAGUGGAAGGGACAGAUCGUCUCGGGCGUGCCCGUGAAAGGAUCCUCGUCUCAUUCCCUUCAACAAAUCCACUCAAAAGUCUUCAUCACUGUCAACGAGAAACACUCGAUUCUCCGUCUCGACAAUGUCAAGCUUACCAAUGGCCACAAGCAGCUCACCGAGCCACGCAUCAUCUCUGAGGUGUCGCUCGAGGAGUCGCAAUUGACCUCCGAGCAACGCGAGCAGAUCAAGCUUCCAAUCCGCUUCCGUUACCACCAAGGAAUCAUCUCUGAGAUCGUCUUCUCGGAGGAGGAAUCCGCCUGGUCGGAGAACAUCAAGCGCUCCAUUCUCAACAUGCUCCAAGUUCAAAUGAGCCCACGCAAGACCCAAGAGGAGUACAACACGAAGACCGUCUCCAACAACAAGUUCUUCACCGUCACCGAGCGCACCCUCGAGGGUGAGUGCGAGAAAUGCCCCAAGCGUAUUGAUAUCCGCUAUGGACCCCGUUACUCCGCUGAGUGCUCCAUGUGUGAGGCCACCGAUGCUCGCCCUGAAUCUCAAACUGUCAUCAGCUACAAGGUUCGCGGAGAGGAUGAGGAGCGUUUCCUUAUCACCGAGGUCGAGCUCAAGUCCGAGUACGUCUUCUCCCCCUUCUCGAAGGGAUCAAGAGAUGCUCGCCACCUACGUCCACCAAAAGAUGCGCCUUGUCAACAUCAAAAGGUCAUCUAUGAUCGUCGUCAACCACUCGUUGUCCGCCAAGCCGCCGUUGACUCUCUUCGCAUGCUCCGCGACCAGAUGCCCCGCAAGGGAGUUCUCUCUGGAUACGUCUACGAGCACGUCCGCAUCGUCCCAACCACCCUUGGACUCCCACUCCAGGUCACCUCCAAGCUCCCAACCGUCGCCCACAUCAAGGCCCACAUCAAGGCUGAGAUCUCCCCGAAGAUGUCUCUCCGUGUCGAGAUGGAGCCCUCGUUCGUCUCCACCCAUGUCACCGAAAUGACCGUCUUCUCCCCCGAGAUGGACAUCGGAUCCCGUGUCUUCCACUCGAUCCAAUCAACUCUUCCAAUCCACGGACAAGUCGAGUACAACGAUGAGAAACAACAACUCAAGGCUGUCCUCCGUCUUCCCAAGGAGGAGAAACGUGUUCUCCUCGUCGAGUCUCGCCCAACCACUUUCGUCCGCUCAUUCAACAACAAGCAAGUGCCAGUUCUUGAGGAGAAGACCAUCCGUAUUCCAUCGUUCGAGAAGACCUCUGUCCACUACGAGAAAUCCUACGGAGAGGAGCACUUCGGUCUCCGCACUGAGGUCAUCGGAUCCGUCCACCGCCACGCCUUCGACAGGAAGAUCAUCUUCGGAGAGAACCACGUCCAGAUUGUCCUUGUCCCCACCGCCGAGUCCGUGAAGGAGAUCGUCCUCGAGGUUGAGCCCAAGUACACCAAGAUGGCCUCAUCCGAGUACGAGUCACCCCGCUACGAUGAGAUCUUCACUGAGAAGGAGUUCGAGAAGGAAAUCGAGUGCGAGUUGAAGCAAGAGAAGAUCGUCUGCAAGGUUGAUGGACGCCGUGUCGAGGACGAGGAGGCUCUCUACGAUAUGGGAAUCAAGCUUAUCGGAGAAUCAUCAUGCGAGAUCACCAUCCCAAAGAUGACCAUCCGUUUCGAUGGAUACAAGGUCGAGAUCAAGGCUGACAAGCGCACUGAGAACACCCAAUGCGGACUUUGCGGACAUUUCGAUGGACGCCGCGACAACGAGUUCCGCCGUGCCGACAACGAGGAGACUGAGGAUAUCGAGGAAUUCCACCGCUCGUGGCUUCGCCGUGACAACGAAUGCGAGGUCGAGGAGUCGAAAUUGAAGGAGAAGAAGAACUACGGAGUUGAGUCUGAUGAGGAGGAACGCUACGAUUCCGAGGAAUCUUUCUGGAAUCCCCGUGAAGAUUUCGAGGAGGAGAACAUGGGAGAGAAGCGAUCACGCAAAAUGCUCAAGAAGAACCUCAAGAAGCACAUCAGCCGCAAGAACAUCCGCAACGAGGAGGAGAACACCUACGAGCCCGAAAACGAGAUCGUGAUGGUUGAGCGUGAGGGAAAGACCUGCUUCUCGAUGGAGGAACAACCCAAAUGCCAGCCAGGAGAUGAGCUCAUUGAGACCGAGAACCGCAAGGUGAAAUUGGCUUGCCUUCCACGCUCGGAUCGCCGCACUCGUCGCAUUGUGAACGGCCUUAAGCGUGGAGAGGAGUCGAUCAUGGAGGAGAUCCGUUCCCUUCCAAUGUCUCUCACCGAUCGCAUCGAGUUGCCCAAACUUUGCCGUGUCUAC